UCUCCCUCCGUGUCUCCGCCACCUUUGCUCCACUUCUCGCCGCGGAGGAGGCGCACUCACUCGGCUCCGGCUCUGCUCCUUCGCCGCAGCGCGUAAAGAAAAAAACAGGGGGGCUGGACCGCAGCUUACCGGGAGGGAAAGGAAAAAAAAGGAAACAGCAAUUUGACAGGAUGAACAACACUUUCCUAAACAUGGCGUCGAUAGGAGACUUCGACCCGCUCAAUGCGUCCAUUCCAGCCACCAAAGUUGAAAUCACGGUGUCCUGCAGAAACCUGCUGGACAGAGACACCUUCUCCAAAUCAGACCCAAUUUGUGUUCUCUACACACAAGGAAUGGGCAACAAAGAGUGGAGAGAGUUUGGCAGAACGGAGGUGAUUGACAACACGCUAAACCCAGACUUUGUGCGGAAAUUCAUUUUGGACUACUUCUUCGAGGAGAGGCAGAACAUCCGAUUUGACUUGUACGAUGUCGACUCCAAGAGCGCCAACCUGUCGAAACACGAUUUCCUGGGUCAGGCCCAUUGCACUCUGGGAGAGGUGGUCGGAUCUUUGGGCAGUCGCUUGGAAAAAGCUCUCGGGGGCAUCCCAGGGAAGAAAUGCGGGACCAUUAUAGUGAAAGCCGAGGAGCUGAACAACUGCAGGGAAUCAGUUCUGAUGCAAUUCUGCGGAAACAAGUUGGACAAAAAGGAUUUUUUCGGCAAGUCUGACCCUUUUCUGGUUUUCUACCGGAGCAACGAGGACGGCACGUUUACCAUCUGCCACAAGACCGAGGUGAUAAAGAACACGUUGAACCCCGUGUGGCAGGCCUUUAAGAUCUCUGUUCGGGCUCUUUGCAACGGCGACUACGACAGAACAAUCAAGGUUGAAGUGUACGACUGGGACAGAGACGGCAGUCACGACUUUAUCGGAGAGUUCAGCACCAGCUACAGAGAAUUAUCCAGAGGACAGAGCCAGUUCAACGUCUAUGAGGUGGUAAAUCCAAAGAAGAAAGGGAAGAAGAAAAAAUACCUCAACUCUGGCACGGUAACACUGCUGUCCUUCCUGGUGGACAUCGAAGUCACCUUCCUGGACUACAUCAAAGGCGGGACCCAGAUUAACUUCACCGUGGCCAUCGACUUCACAGCUUCCAAUGGCCACCCUGCCCAGCCCACCUCCCUCCACUACAUGAGCCCCUACCAGCUGAACACCUACGCCAUGGCCCUGAAGGCAGUGGGAGAGAUCAUCCAGGACUACGACAGUGAUAAGAUGUUUCCCGCGCUGGGGUUUGGAGCCAAACUGCCUCCUGAUGGACGAGUUUCACAUGAGUUUGCUUUGAACGGGAACCCUCAGAACCCAUACUGUACGGGUAUUGACGGCGUAAUGGAAGCCUACUACCAGAGCCUGAAGUCGGUUCAACUGUAUGGACCCACCAACUUCUCCCCUGUCAUCAACCAUGUGGCCAGGUAUGCAGCGUCCGUGAGCGAUGGAUCUCAGUACUUUGUGUUGCUCAUCAUCACAGACGGCGUCAUCUCAGACAUGGCUCAGACCAAGGAGUCUAUCGUCAAUGCCUCCUGUCUGCCCAUGUCAAUCAUCAUUGUGGGGGUAGGGCCUGCAGAAUUUGAUGCCAUGGUUGAGCUGGAUGGUGAUGAAGUCAGAAUCUCGUCCAGGGGAAGAUACGCUGAGAGGGACAUUGUUCAGUUUGUCCCAUUCAGGGACUACAUCGACCGAACAGGGAACCACGUCCUGAGCAUGGCCCGGCUCGCCAAAGACGUCCUAGCCGAGAUCCCCGACCAGUUCCUGUCCUACAUGCGGACCCGUGGGAUAAAGCCCUCGCCGGCACCCCCUCCCUACACACCUCCUGCCCAACCCCUCCAAACCCAGAUUUGAAGAGCAAGGAGUAAAAAUGGCAUUCAGAGUCAGGGGUUCGCUGAACAUUUACGUGCGAAAUACUUCCAUUUCCUUAAAGCCGCUCUCCAUGCCUUGUCGUCGUGGAUACACAGUGGUCUUUCUCGUGUUCAGGAAGCUGCAUGCCGGGGCGGGAGAGUUGCGCAUUUUGAGGGCCUCAAAAGCCAAUGAGAGUCUGUUUACUUCCACUGUCAAGCAUUCCUGUUAUUGUCUGGAUUUAUUUUUAAUUUGUUUUUCUUGCCUGGGAAACCUGGAGAGAGUUUGGGUAGUCAAGCUGUGAAGCAAAUGAAGGAACGAAGUAAAGCACCGCUCCGUGGAAAUGAGAAUGUCUCCAGACAAACAAAGGAAUCACUUGAUCUUAAACGAACUCGAAGUUCUCUUGUAAAUAACCGAACACUACUACUUCUUCUUUCUCUGUCUCUUUCUCUCUCUGACUCACUCAUUGUUUACAGUAAAUGCUAACAAGGAUUUUUACUGUUGAUACUUUUAUAUUGACACAGUUUCAAUAUGAAGCUUGUAAUACUCUUUCUCUCUUUCUCCUGGCAUGUGUCAGGUAGCAGCAGUGCAGGUCCUGGUAGCCCUUCUGUACUGUACCGUACCGUGCUGUACCGUACUGUACUGUAUUCUAGUGUUUGUAUUAACCUUUUGCAUGAGUGUAGCCUCAGUCAAGUGCAUGCAUAUAGUGGCCCUGCACUACCUCUUCCACAUCUGUCUGUCUGCCUGUAUCUCCAUUUGUCUGUUCGUCUCCCUUUUAGAGCUUGUUUUCAUGUCUGUCUAUUCUGUUUAUUUUACCUUUCUUUUGUGCCUUAGCUGUGUUUCCAUCCAACUUUUUAUUUUGUAAGUAAGGAUAGUCUCGCUGAUUUGAGAAUGCGUCAUUGUUAUGCUUAUUUUAGGAUUUUAUCACCGAAUGUGAUGAAUAACGGCAUUUCUUUGGUUCGUUUAAUAUAAUCAGGCUCAUAAAUGAUUCAGCUUCACUCCAAAAGUAUUUUUGAAACGUAAAAUCUUGCCUUCAAAAAAACAGGAUACAAUUACUAUAUUCCCUGAUGCUUUUGUUGAUUUUUAGCCUUGAUUACUACAGAGACCCAUAAACAGGAGUUGUCGUCCCCAACGCAGUGGUCAUGGGUUCAAAUCUUGCCCAUGGCCCUUUGCUGCAGGUCUUUCCUCCAUUUCUGUCCCCACAUUUCCUGUCCAGAUUUCCUGUCCUGUUAUUUAACAAUGGCUAAAAGGCCACAAACAAAAAACCAAGCAAAGUGAAAUAUUUCCAAUACUUUUGUGUAUGACUGGAUUCGUGAAAAACUAAAGACAUUUCCAUCUUCUGUCAUGUGCUGUCAUUUACGGCUACUAGCAGCCAUUAGCAUGCUAACAGACAAAGAUCUUUAGCAUAGUAAACAGCAUUCCUAAGGGGUGUACUAGGAAGUGGAUAUGUUAUGCCUAAAGCCAGAGUUUCCAGUGUCGUCAUAGUGAUUCUGUUUUAAUCUGCUAGAUCACCAUGGUAACAGAUGCUGCAUGGCUUCAGUGGUGGUUCUGUUGAGUUUCAAAUUUGGCUAUAAGAAGCGCCUCCUUUUCAUGAAUUGCUUCCUUGACCAUGUUCUCUCUGAGCGAAUCAGAUUCUCAGCGAUGUUAAUAUGUUAUAUCUGCAGACGUGUUGAGCUGUUGUUAGUAACACGGGGACCGACAUGCAUUCAGUUGGUGAUGCAAAAAAAUGCAUAAAUAUGCUUUUAUGCUUGCUCCUGAUUUUCUGCAAAGUCUGUUUUACAGUGCCGGUAAUGGACACAAAUUAGAAAAUGAAUUAGUCUUUUAGAAUUUAUCAGAAAAUAAUCAAUCCUUGAUAACAAUAUUAAUUUUAAUCUGAUUUAGCAAAAAACUAAAAUGACUUCCAUGUAUUCUUUAUUGUGGAACAAUCAGCCAUAAAUACUUAUUGAAUAAUAUGUACUGCUGGACAGGGGUCAUGCAAAAAAUAAGCAGCUGCACUGAGAGUGCACUGAGUGGUAAAAUAUAAACAUUAUUUUACAGAUUAACAGUUUUCUACUAGCAUUCCUCUCUUGCAUCGUUUAAUCUAUAUGUCAGCUGAAGUUAAACCAUGUAGUCUAACCAGAUUCUGUAGAAAAACUAAAAAUUCUGCUCUUCUUGGUGCAACUGAUAAGCCAUUGGUGACUCAACAGUAACAGCCCCUUUAAAGCAUAGUACAUUUUGUAGUUCUUUGUAGCUCUCUUAUAACAAAUUGUUCUUCUAACUGAAGUAAAAUUGGCCCAUUUUGUGCAAAAGACACCUCAUUUCAUUGGAAUGAACACAGAGCCUGAUUAAGAAAACCAGGUUAACAAAAUAUUUAACUGCCAUCAUGAAACCCAUCAUCUCUGACUGGAGUUCUAAGUUUUGUUUAGCCAGAUUACCCUAAAAAAGCCUGGCUUUGUUUAAAUUGCUUCGUACAACACCUCUCUAGUAACCAUUAGCAUGCUAGCAUGGCUGUGGACCCCUGUCAUUUGUCCUUAAAAAAUUAAAUAAAAUAUGACCAACAUUUUUGCCCAAAAUUAGAUUUUUAAAGCCUAGUUUGUUUGUUCGAGCCAAUAUUAUUGACUGUUGAAUGGAAACAUAGCUACUCCAUCUCCCACUGUCUCUGUCUGCCUCCAAACUGCCUUGGCUACAAGAUGCCCAUGUUCUGGGGGGGGGGUUGUGUCAUUGUGUCGUCCCAUUGCCCUCCUGCCCCAUGUUUAAAACGACAGCAGCUGCUCUCAAACUAAGUACUGUUUGAGCAAAAAGAGCCCAGUGGUCAAAAAUGCAGAAAAAUCACAUGUUCCCUAUGUUUGCUUUUCUUUUAUGUGUGGAUGUGUGCGUGUGCCUGUGUUUUUAUUACACCUUUAGCUUUGAUACGGCUUUAUAUGUUGGUUUUUAUGGUUUCUAUGUGCCAAUCGUGUGAUGGAGGAUGAUUUGUGUGAGCUGCAUUUGUCAUCGACGACUUUCCAGUUUUAACUUUGAUGAGUUCUGUUCUUGUGGUGAAUGUGGACGGGUUGGUCAGUGCUGUCAUUGAGUGAGUCAGUAAUGAAUGCAGUCUGUGUGCUGGAUGAGAGAAUGCAGAGUUUCUUUUACAACAACAUUAGAUGAAAUAUUUUAAAACGGCUUAAAGAAAGUGCAGCAUUUUGCCAUUUAUUAGACAUGGUGCGAGCUACACAGGAAAAUUUAGCAUUGCAGUAUUGAUAGGGACCAAAACUUGACAAGCAUUAUUUUCCAGAUUAUACAGUCAAUUAUCAAGUCAAAGCAGACAGUAUCAAAGUAGCUCCAUAGUAUGGAAUAGUCACUAAGAGACUACCUACAAACACAGAGAGAAUUUAUGGCAUUGCUAAAUCAAGUGAAGAUACAAAUGAGAGGAGUUCACUAUUUCACAUUUAAUCUAAUGAGCUAAUUAACCCUUCUCUAAGCCCCGCCCCCCAAGAUGUCAGUCAGUGAGGUUUUCCAAAGGGAAUUAGAUGAAAUUUCUGGAAUAACACUGAAUCUGAUUAAAAUUAACGCAAACAACUCGUAUGAUUUAGUGGCAGAGUAUGUGAAAAAAGAAGACAUUAACACUGAGGGAAAAGCUCAGGCCUCCAUGUCUUAACAGUUCAUGUACAAGACAAACAUAUGCAUGAACAACAGUAUUAUUGCUCAGCAGAUUAGUUCAAGAAUAGGUGGUUUUAUUUCCAGCUAAAUUUUAGUUAUGACAAAUUAUGACUUUCGUAGUCUAAUAUAGCCCAUACCUUGCUCAAAAAAAAAAAAAUUCACGCUUUUCCAUUUGUUUAAAGUACACCAGGGUCCAUACAUUUGAUCUCAUAAUAUACAUGUCACUUAUAGUUAAUGUUCAACUGUCUUCAAAGUUAAGCUUGUUAAGUGAAUAAUUGAAAAUAAAAUGAACACACUCUGUACAGUAAAUAUUAACCGUUUGAGUGAGGAAUAAAGCAGGACAUUUGUAGUAGACUGGAACAGCCAUCUUUAAAACAGAGAAGGUGGUCUACAGCACCACUUGUCAGGUACUUAUAAUGCAGCCUUGAAAGUUUGACCACCAUUAACACUUUAAGUCAUAACUGGUCUGGCAUGUGAAGAGCUGAAAGAUCCUCAAGACCCAACAAGAGAAGUCUGAUGGCCUUCUACUGAAGCUCUUAGGACAUUUAAAUUUCAGUUACGGCUCUCCUUCCGUUCAUGUGGAUAUGCGCCUGGUCUUGUUCGCCCCAAACAACUAUUUAGGGGUUUUACCAAGGUGGCUGCCCACUGGUCAGACUUGCCUUUGGUUGAAGAAUUGGCUUGGUUAUGGGUGCAGUUUUAUUUAAUCUGUUUAAUCUUUUCAGGUGUUGCUUCCAAAAUUCCCAGUUUUCUUUUGUGUCUACAGAGUUUUUGCAGUGCCAAGACGAAAUUUUUUUUCUCCAUAUGCAUCCAUGUCUUUUCCUGUACUCACAGAUGCUCCAUUGCCGUUGACUCCUGAUGAGGUUUUAGCCUCACAGUUGACCACACAAUGGAACAACAUGCUUAUUUUGACCCACAUGGUCUUAUACCAACUUUUUACUUCUUUGUUUAAAAUCAUAUGGCAUCUUAAGCCUGUGUGAAGAGAUUGUACCAUUCCAUAUCCAGGGAGAAAAUGCUCUCUUUGACUUCUUUUUUUUUUUUUUUUUUACAUUUUUGUGCGCUUGCUUGUAGCUCGAUGGCGUAUUGAUGUCUGACCAUGCAAAAAUGAUUAACUGACGUGGUUUUUUUUGUUUUUUUUUACAGUUUGGCUUCAGUAUCUGACAUCGCUGCCUUGUCUUGAAGAUGUCAGACAUUCCCAAGUUUCUUUAUUCGCAGUCUCCCCAUGUAUUGUCACAGUAGCAGAGCCCCAUUCUGGCUGAACUAACCAUAUCAGUGUGCGUGUAUCGACUCAAUACUCUUGCAGCUGGGCACCCGCUGUGUUCAGAGCAUAGCUGGACAUAUCAUUAGAACUGCAGGUCAAAAUAGGGAGCUCAUUACUGCAGCAGAUACUGUGGAAAAUCACAUCUACAAAACUGUUAACAGAUCCGAUACUGUGGGGGUCGGAGAGGGCUUAUUAUAGCCUUUGUCGAUAGGAAGGCCAGAGAAGUUUUCUACAGUAACAUUAGCCACCAUAAACGGCCGAUCAUGCCAGAGCAAGUAAAGCUUGUUGCAGAUCCCCUGAGUGUAGUGAACAACAUUUUACUGCUUAUGAAUUCAGCUUUUUGUUUAUAGGAGGGAAGAUAUCUUGUUCCAACAUUCGAAUGGUAAAUUGUCUCACUUAAAAGAUUCAAAUACCAGGAGCAGGAGAAAGUUAACAGUGAAUUAACCUUUAUGUCAACAUUGAUGAUCUUUCAGACUAUAUUUAACAUUUUCAUGGCAAUUUUAAAAUUAAUUGGCUGUUCAAACACCAGGCCCCCCUUUCGUGUUAAUUGAACAACAAACUACCUCCUGUAGUCACGUGUUCAUCAGUAAAUCCUUUCAGGCUAAGAAAUUUAAUCUCUCAACUAAAUGCUUAUUUCACAUAAUUUUAUGUCAAGACUUAGACAACAUAGUAUGGAGUUCAAAACGGCUAUAAAUGCAAAAUCUCAAUGGCACUGAAUUUAUAGCAUUAAAAUGCUUCAUUGUUCACGAUGAAGCAUAAAAUCAUUUUAUGUAGCGUGAAUUUGACACAAAACGAUACAAAGACACAAAAGAACAAAAAACAGACAUAAAAUGAUAUAAAUGGAACAGAAACAUUAAUGAGAGGCAAAAGAAAAAUGAGACUACAUGACAAAAGGAGCCAAAACAAGACCGAAACUAGAAACAAAAAGAAAAGCGGCACACAAAACUAUCUGCUGCCAGUAUUUUACUGUAAUUUUUACAGGAACAUUUAUUAGCAUAAAAAGUCUACCACCAGAAUUGCUGAAUUCAUCUUUAAAUGCUAAUCUUUUGUUUAAGAAUUUGACUAAUUAAAAAACAAGUUGCUGCAACUGGAUUAGCGAAAUACAGAUUUAAACAAAUUCAAAACUCUGUAUAUUUUUUAACUCAAAGAGUUAAACUGCUGAAAAUGGUUUUAGGAAUUGCAGAAAUUGAAAUUCCACUGUGAUACUGGCAAAAAAAGAUAUUAAAAAUGAAGAAUUAAAACCUUAUUAUUGCAGAUACACGAAAUUCAAAGAUUUCAGUGAUUUUUAAACAUAUUAAUUUUGGUUCAUUUACAAUAAUAUAUUUACUUUUUUGUCCUUUUUGGCUUCCAUAUAGACCCACAAAUGCUCACACAGUCCUUAUAGUUGAUGCGGUCAUUUAUUUUGUGUUGAUCUGCUUUGGAUGAACAAAUCUAGUUGUGAAUCAUAGUGCAACAGCUCACUAACUUUACCAAGCCCCAAGAAGUGACCAGUGUGUAUGUGUGAGUUUGUGUGAGUGUGUGUGUUUGCAAGCAUGUGUUUGAUACAAGUAUUUCCAUGUGUGUGCGAGUGUCUGUGUGCCUGUGUGGCACCUUGAUAAGAGUGUUUUCUUAGACCAUGUGAGGUGUUACCACACAUAAGAUCUUUGUUUACUAAAGAUAUCCAAAUAAUAUAUUGUAUGCUCGUCAUAUCUUCUUAACAAUGUGCACUAUGUUUGCAUGUACAGUUUUACAAAGGAUGCACCAGUUCCUUUUGUUGAAAACUGAGUGUUUUGAAAUAUACAAAUCUAUAUGAAAAAUUAACUGUACAAAAUGGCCUUAAAUCUUUCACUGAUUUUUUUUUUCUUGGAAUUGUGCGAUGCCUUCUUCAGAAAAAUGAAUUGUUUAAAGGAACUGAUCAUUAUUAUCUAUUUUGUGUCAGUGUUUCUAUUGCUUUCUAGUGUGUUUUCUUUGCACAAGUUCAAUAAUCGAAAAAAAUGAUCUUGUACUUUUUUGAAACCGUGAUUAAUCAGAGAAAGCAUGGCUGAAGUACUGAUUGUCUGAUAAUACAUAUAAUAGAUGACUAUUUCUGUAUUGAAUUAUGGAUUUUUAAAUAAAUAUUCAUAUUAAACUAAA